GGUCCCUCUGAUGCCGCCACUAUUGCCCGUGGGCUGCUGUCUCUAGUACAGUUCGAGGGUCCCUCUGAUGCCGCCACUAUUGCCCGUGGGCUGCUGUCUCUAGUACAGUUCGAGGGUCCCUCUGAUGCCGCCACUAUUGCCCGUGGGCUGCUGUCUCUAGUACAGUUCGAGGGUCCCUCUGAUGCCGCCACUAUUGCCCGUGGGCUGCUGUCUCUAGUACAGUUCGAGGGUCCCUCUGAUGCCGCCACUAUUGCCCGUGGGCUGCUGUCUCUAGUACAGUUCGAGGGUCCCUCUGAUGCCGCCACUAUUGCCCGUGGGCUGCUGUCUCUAGUACAGUUCGAGGGUCCCUCUGAUGCCGCCACUAUUGCCCGUGGGCUGCUGUCUCUAGUACAGUUCGAGGGUCCCUCUGAUGCCGCCACUAUUGCCCGUGGCCUGCUGUCUCUAGUACAGUUCGAGGUUCGAGGCCUGCGAAUCGUGCACAAGCUCGGCGGCCCCUUCCAUCCCUGGUUCUACCCUUCCCCAGGUCCCCCCUCCCACAUGCCAUGCACCUUCCUGCCAGCGUCCCCCCUCCCCCAGGCCAUGCACCCGCCAGCAUAUCAGAGUGCAGGGUCUAUCCGCUGUGACACCUGCACCACCUCAUGCACCCGUCUAUUCCUUGUGGCGAUACCCCUUGAUCUGCCCAGCUGCUCCUGCGUUCUGUUUCCUCUUCCGGUUCUACCCUUCCUCAGAUCCCCCCUCCCCCAGGCCAUGCACCCUCCAGCCUAUCACACAGCAGGCUCUAUCCGCUGUGGUGUCUGCACCACCCUAUGCACCCAUCUACCCCUGAAGGCGAUCAGCCCAACUGACAUUCCUGCUCCUGUUUUGUUCCUCUUUCGGUUCAACCCCCCCCAGCCCCUUGUGAAGGCCCUGUGCCUGCACCUGCUGCACCUCUGCUCCCCACCUUCCUACUCUCUUUCUCUGCUUUCCCUCCCUGUUCACCUCCUGAACCCUCUAUUGGCAUGGAAGGGCAUCCACAACAGAGCAUUCCGCAGCUCGCCCGGACCCCAACACUCCCCGUCCCCUUCCACCUCUCCAUCCACAACAGAGCAUUCCGCAGCUCGCCCGGACCCCAACACUCCCCGUCCCCUUCCACCUCUCCAUCCACAACAGAGCAUUCCGCAGCUCGCCCGGACCCCAACACUCCCCGUCCCCUUCCACCUCUCCAUCCACAACAGAGCAUUCCGCAGCUCGCCCGGACCCCAACACUCCCCGUCCCCUUCCACCUCUCCAUCCACAACAGAGCAUUCCGCAGCUCGCCCGGACCCCAACACUCCCCGUCCCCUUCCACCUCUCCAUCCACAACAGAGCAUUCCGCAGCUCGCCCGGACCCCAACACUCCCCGUCCCCUUCCACCUCUCCAUCCACAACAGAGCAUUCCGCAGCUCGCCCGGACCCCAACACUCCCCGUCCCCUUCCACCUCUCCAUCCACAACAGAGCAUUCCGCAGCUCGCCCGGACCCCAACACUCCCCGUCCCCUUCCACCUCUCCAUCCACAACAGAGCAUUCCGCAGCUCGCCCGGACCCCAACACUCCCCGUCCCCUUCCACCUCUCCAUCCACAACAGAGCAUUCCGCAGCUCGCCCGGACCCCAACACUCCCCGUCCCCUUCCACCUCUCCAUCCACAACAGAGCAUUCCGCAGCUCGCCCGGACCCCAACACUCCCCGUCCCCUUCCACCUCUCCAUCCACAACAGAGCAUUCCGCAGCUCGCCUGGACCCCAACACUCCCCGUCCCCUUCCACCUCUCCAUCCACAACAGAGCAUUCCGCAGCUCGCCCGGACCCCAACACUCCCCGUCCCCUUCCACCUCUCCAUCCACAACAGAGCAUUCCGCAGCUCGCCCGGACCCCAACACUCCCCGUCCCCUUCCACCUCUCCAUCCACAACAGAGCAUUCCGCAGCUCGCCCGGACCCCAACACUCCCCGUCCCCUUCCACCUCUCCAUCCACAACAGAGCAUUCCGCAGCUCGCCCGGACCCCAACACUCCCCGUCCCCUUCCACCUCUCCAUCCACAACAGAGCAUUCCGCAGCUCGCCCGGACCCCAACACUCCCCGUCCCCUUCCACCUCUCCAUCCACAACAGAGCAUUCCGCAGCUCGCCCGGACCCCAACACUCCCCGUCCCCUUCCACCUCUCCAUCCACAACAGAGCAUUCCGCAGCUCGCCCGGACCCCAACACUCCCCGUCCCCUUCCACCUCUCCAUCCACAACAGAGCAUUCCGCAGCUCGCCCGGACCCCAACACUCCCCGUCCCCUUCCACCUCUCCAUCCACAACAGAGCAUUCCGCAGCUCGCCCGGACCCCAACACUCCCCGUCCCCUUCCACCUCUCCAUCCACAACAGAGCAUUCCGCAGCUCGCCCGGACCCCAACACUCCCCGUCCCCUUCCACCUCUCCAUCCACAACAGAGCAUUCCGCAGCUCGCCCGGACCCCAACACUCCCCGUCCCCUUCCACCUCUCCAUCCACAACAGAGCAUUCCGCAGCUCGCCCGGACCCCAACACUCCCCGUCCCCUUCCACCUCUCCAUCCACAACAGAGCAUUCCGCAGCUCGCCCGGACCCCAACACUCCCCGUCCCCUUCCACCUCUCCAUCCACAACAGAGCAUUCCGCAGCUCGCCCGGACCCCAACACUCCCCUCCCCUUCCCACCGUUUGCUGAGGCUGGGCAUGGUGGGGGUGGAUGGGUCCCUUCCUUCCUGAUCAUUCGGCAGCUGGCCCUGAUCUCCACCCUCCCCUCCCCCUCGCACCGCCUGCUAAGGCUGGGCAUGGUGGGGGUGGAUGGGUUCCUUCCUUCCUGUGCAGGCACGGAGGAGCUGCAGUGGUGGCUGCGCUCUGUGCCCGCCACUCGCAGCGAGCGACUGGCCUUGGAGCAAAGGAGGAGCAGCCAUACCAUGGAAUCUUCCAAGAAGGAGAAUGAGGGGGCAGAGGACGAAGUGAUGCUUCGUGAGAAGGAGAAUAAGAGGGCACAGCAGGAGAGGAUGCUUCAGGAAAGGGAGGAGAAGGGGAGCCCAGAGCCCCAUGCAACAACGGGAUCUUCCAAGAAGGAGAAUGAGGGGGCAGAGGACGAAGUGAUGCUUCAUGAGAAGGAGAAUAAGAGGGCACAGCAGGAGAGGAUGCUUCAUGAAAGGGAGGAGAAGGGGAGCCCAGAGCCCCAUGCAACAACGGGAUCUUCCAAGAAGGAGAAUGAGGGGGCAGAGGACGAAGUGAUGCUUCGUGAGAAGGAGAAUAAGAGGGCACAGCAGCAGGAGGUGAUUUUUAGUGAAAGGGAGGAGGAUGAGGGGGCACGUGACAAGGUGAAGGAUAGCAAGAAAGAGAAAAAGAGGGCACAGCAGCAGGAGAUGCUGUUUAGUGAAAGGGAGGCGAAGAGGCGGAGAGGAUCGAAGGAGGUUGAGGGGAAUGGGGAACUGGGAUUGCAGGGAGGGGAGACAGCUGGUUGUGAGGAGGUUCAAAAGGUUGGUUCAAGGUUGGGUUUCCGCCUUGAUUUCAGGUUCGUCAACAAGGCAACACCUUGCUUCACGGCCAUUAGCAGCAGCCUGCUUGUCCAACAAAUCCUUCAAAAGACACCGUCGGCCCCCUCGUCUUCCCCCAAAUCCCCUCCUCUUCCCCAAACCCCCUUCCCCCCCCCCCCCGGUCCCCCGUCCUCCCCCCAAAACCCGCCCCCUCCCCACCCUCUCUUCUCCCAUCUCCAUGCAAUCAGCGCCACAACCCCAGCCUUCAAUGGCCUAUUAGUCGUAAUCGGAGCCACAACCCCAGCCUUCACCGCCCUAUUCGUUGUCAUCAUCACCUUUUCGCACCGACACAGCCACCACCUAUCUCACCCAUACCAAACCCCUUCCCCCUCUUUCAUUCCAUUCCUCCCUUACCCUCUUCUCCAGGCAAUCAGAGCCACAACUCCGGCCUUCACUGCCCUAUUCGUCGCGAUUGGAGCCACAACUCCGGCCUUCACUGCCCUAUUCGUCGUCAUCAUCACCUUUCGCACCGAAGCAGCCACCACCUAUCUCACGCUCGUUCCAGUCGUCCUGGGCAUAGUCAUAGCCAGCAACUCGGAACCUUCCUUUCACCUUCUCGGCGUGAUAAUGUGCUUCGCGUCUACUGCUGCUCGGGCGCUGAAAUCCGUUGUACAGGGGCUGCUUCUAACGAGUGAUAGUGAGAAACUACACUCGAUGAACCUGCUGCUGUACAUGUCGCCGCUCGCGGUGGUGAUGCUGCUUCCAGCGAGUCUGUUUAUAGAGGGGAAUGUGCUGGCGGUGGUGGUGGCAAAAGCGAGGGAGUCUCCGUGGAUUCUGGUGUACCUGGUGGCGAAUGCUGCAUUCGCCUACUUCACGAAUUUGACGAAUUUUCUGGUUACUAAGCACACCAGCGCGCUUACUCUUCAGCAAAGAAGCGAGCCAAACACUGACAAAGGUUGUGAGCAGCAUAAAGGUGGUGGCUAUCUAGAAGGACCAGCCUCAAAUGUGGUGCUCUGUCAAAGUCUCCAAAGUUCCUAG